UCAAGAAUCUGAAAAUAAGAAAGCAGCAGAAGAUAACAGUCAAGGUGGCACAGAUGCUAGCCAGCCUAACCAAGCCAAAGCACAGCCGGUAAGCUUCUCUAUCUCAUUUCUUUUCGGUGACCAUGAAAAUAACUUCAGUUUUUGUUAGGAUCAAAACGCAGUACCGGCUUGAUGAAAUGAGAGAGUUGUCUUGAUUCAUUUGUUGAGGAGUUCUCCGGGAGUCUUAGAGGGAUCUGGCAGCAUCUAAAAUGUUUUUAUACUUUUUCUCGGAAUGCAUCGUCUAUCUGCAAUAGCGCACGUCUCAUAUAUAGCCCUUAGGCUUUUCCUCCUCCGUUUCGAACAAUUAUACCUAUUUUUAAUGGUCGUAUUUUUUGAGUUGUCUGUGUAUUCGAUAUUGAUCGGAAUGUUGAAAAUCAGCCAAAAUCGACAACUCAGCUUAUAGCUGAACUUAAUUUCAAAAACAGAUAAUGCUCG